AAGAUUAGGACUAUGUACGUUCCAGUCUACUUGGAAUACACGAAGCUCAUUCCAGAAGCACUCAGCCAGGUCAGUGGAAGUGGUAUCAAACCUCUUUAAUUGUACCGUGUAGAUGCACCCUCCACUUGCAUUUCCCAAGCCUGCUUGGUCAUCCCUUCAGCAUCAUCAGACAGGGAUGGAUCAGGUUGUCAUUAUAAUGCCUUACUUUUUGGUCUUGUGUGUAUCUCUAUACUACAGAAUGGAAUCAGCUUGACUUUGCUUUCACUGCCAGAAGAUGUUUAACUGCAACACGUCAGUGAUCAAAGAGGAACCAGGAGAAGACCUUGAUGUCACCCCAGCUGGGAGAAGCGGUGGCGGACCCCGGGAAAUAUCUGGGGAGAAGACCCCCAAAGAAGACGCUCUUGGUCCCGAUGUACAACCAGAGCAAUGCAAAAAGGAACCAGGAGAAGACCUUGAUGUUGCCCCGGCUGGGAGAAGGGAUGGAGGACACCGGGAAAUUGCUGGGGAGGAGAUCCCCCUUGAUGACACUCUUGGCCCCAAUGUACAGCCAGAGCAAUGCAAAAAGGAACCAGGAGAAGACAUUGAUGUCACCGCGACUGGGAGAAGCAAUGGAGGACCCUGGGAAAUAGCUGGGGAGAAGAUCCCCGAGGAGGACGCCCUUGGCUCCGAUGUACAGCCAGAGCAAUGUAAAAAGGAACCAGGAGAAGACCUUGAUGUCAACCCGGCUGGGAGAAGGAAUGGAGGACCCCGGGAAAUAGCUGGGGAGAAGACCCCCCUGGAGGACACUCUUGGCCCCAAUGUACAACCAGAACAAUGCAAAGUAAACGCAGCAGGAGAAGCCAAUGACGUUGACCCGGACACCAAGCAGGGAGCACCCCUCCGGUGGGUGGUGAAGGAGGAGGGCAACGGGAGCGCAACGGUGCUGAGCGAAAACGAGUGGAGCCUGCUUCCUCUUCGUCCCUCUUUCUCAGGCAAAGAUGGGAGGGAGAGUGAGAAGGAGGAGAAAACGCCUGAUGCACAAUUUGACAACACUCAGCAUCGACACGAGGAGGGGAACACAGAGGAGACGAAAGGUGCAGGGAUGAGAGAACAAGCAGAGAAAAAUGAGCUUUCGCCAUCAAUCCUUUCCCAGUCAGAUGAAGAGAAAGCGCAGGGAUGUGCUGAGUGUGAAAAGACCUACUGCAUGAAUGCGCAGGAAUCUCAAAUAAUUUUCACAGUAGAGAAGCUAUAUCAGUGUUUAGGGUGUGGAAAGCAGUUCAAUUCCCACAGUUGUGUGGUUUCACACAAAAAUAGCCAGAAAGGGGAGCAACCAUACAAAUGCCGGGAGUGUGGCCAGAGUUUCCGCCUGAAAGAUGAACUCCUGUCACAUCAAGGAACGCAUCCGGGGGAGAACCCGUACAAGUGCUGUGAGUGUGGAAAGAGUUUUCCCGGGAGUACAGAGCUUAUUCGACAUGAAAUACAUCACGGAUGUGAGAAAUUUUACAAAUGUUUUGAAUGCGGAAAGCACUUCCGUUCUGUCGGUCUCCUUAACACACAUGGAAAAACCCACGCGGAGAAGCAAUCAGGCCUAGGUUCGGAGUGUGGUAAGAGCGCCUAUACAAGUCAUGAAUUGACCCACACGGAGGAAAAGCCACAUAUGUGCCCUGAGUGUGGGGAAAGCUUCAGUGAGAGAGUGCGCCUGGAUAGGCAUCAAAUAAUCCACACAGGAGAGGAACCGUAUACGUGUCUGGAUUGUGGAAAGACCUUCGCUGAGAGUGCAAACCUUAAAGUGCACAGAAGAACCCACACAAGAAAAAAAAUACAUAAAUGCAUGGAGUGUGGGAAGAGCUUCAGUGGGAGAGGAAACCUUGAUGCGCAUACGAGAAUCCACACGGGAGAGAGACCAUUCAAAUGUGUGGAGUGUGGGAAGAGCUUCUGCCAGAAAGGGAAAUUCAACGUGCACAAAAGAACUCACACGGGAGAAAAACCGUACAAAUGCUUCGAGUGUGGGAAGAGCUUCCAUGCGAAGGAAUACCUUACUAGGCAUAGUAGAACCUACACAGGAGAAAAUCCGCAUAAAUGCCUGUUGUGCGGAAAUAUCUUUUGCCAGAAAGCAGACCUUUUGUCCCACCAAAGAACCCACAUGACGCAACAAACCGGCUUCCAGACACCAUAUGUAAUGUUGCUUCCAGACACCAUAUGUAGUUUUGGAGUAAAGAAAGAUACCCUAAAUACACAAUUUCCGUUUCAAAGUCAGCCCUCAAACCCUGAGUACACUUAUUCAUUGAGCAAUGGAAGUACUGUACUUCAACUCUUAUGAAGAAAGGAAUUGUUCCCCUUCUUUGACUAGAUGGGUGAAAGGCAUGAGACUUGUCCAUCUUGGAAGGACCUCAAAGAAGCAUCAAACCCUUCUUUCUUUGCCAAGGAACUGCUUGUGGAUUUUUAAUUUAUUAUAUGUAUUUGUCAAAAGAAUUUCAAUGUGCAGAUUUGACAAAUAUGAAUUUUAUAUGAUGUGUGGGAAUGAAUGGAAGAAUGUAUGAAUGGAGUUAAUAAUUUUGGAGACACCAGUAUAAUAUUAAGGACUGCAAUGACUAACUACCUGCUUGCUGGACUUGCUAAUGAGAAGCUGUGAUAAGAACUGGGACAGUGAAAACAGAAAUGUUUGCAGCAUUCCUUAUGUUAAGAAGGAAGUCAACAUAAGAUCAACACCAAGAAGAUCAACAUCUGGCCAGGAAACUGAGAUGGAGCCAGGAUGGAAGACGUCUAUCAUUAAUUUACAACUUUGGGACUACAUCAGCAGAAUAUUCCUAUAAAAGACUCAGUCUAAUAAUGCACAAAGUGUGGCAGACCUGAGGAGUCUGGUUCACCCGCAUGCUCUGCUCCAUGGGAAGGAGAGAGAUGGUGUACUUACGGAGAGUGGUGGA